AUGGCCACCACACCGCUAGACUCACGAUGGAACUUCAAAAGGAAAGUACUAGUUUAUGCACCCGGCCCUCCUGGUUCCCCUGAUUCCCAAACACAUCUCUCUGCUACCGUUCUUAUGUCCUACAACCCGGAGACCAAGCAAGGGAUCGUCUCUCUUCGGGUCACACCAAAUAAGCCCAACCGGGCUUGCGCAUUGCAGAUGCCGACGUUGACCUUUCCCCCAAAAUCAAUACAAGACUGUUCAUGGUUCCCGAAAAGUAAUGAUAAUCUUUGCCCAGCUCGUUUGCUUCCCAAAGUCCCGGGGCAUGGCGGCAAUGUUUCAGAUAUUUCAACAUUGAGUUUGCAACUGAAUACGACGGCCGAGAUUUUUGUUCCAGAUAAUAUGAAGUGUCUCACGCCACACACUGAAAGCAUGUCGAUCUUUGACACGUUGAAACGUAUCUCUCAACCAGGCACUAUAUAUAUACAUUUCGGCAAAGAUCAGAUUCCAGAGGAAGGAGUACUUCAACUGCAAGGUUUCCUACGUGCCCUUCGAAGCCGCAGUGUCGACCUAUUGCCUUUGAACUUGAAACGCCAACGCUUGGUUCAGACGACUUUGAAUGACGAUCGUCUACUCCCCUUUCCUCCCCCAUACAGCGAAAAGUCCGCGUCCGAGCAGCAGGAGCUACCCCCUAUUGUGCGAAUUCCGAUUCAGAGGUGGUUGAGAAAUGGCGCCUUGUACCUAGAUUCACCACCGAGUUUAUCUGAGAAUGAAAAUCAGGACAGACAGGUCUUUCCAGCCUCUCAACCGCUAGACUCUGGCACUGAAGUCGCUACGCCCACCAAUGUCAGCGCGUCAAGUAUUGUCUCACCUUCACCGUCCCCAAUACGCCCAGCUGUUUUUGCACGUGCUACCACUCGUAGCCGCACACAUCUCGAUAGAAUUGCGGGUCUCGAACGUCAGCUUCGAGGUGUUCCUGAUCACCUCAUUCGCAGACUAUUAAAGGGAUCGGGCCACUCACAUCUGCUGACAGAUCUGGGGGAUUCAGACAGUGAUUUGUCCUAUGAGUCCGAGAAAGCGAGCUUUUCUAAGGUCCAGUCGAAUAACUGUGACUCAAUCCGAGACUACGUCGACGCAACAGUCCAGCGCUCCCUCCAGUCCCACGUGAACGAAAUUGCCGAUGAGAAUUGUACAUUGCUCUACGACUUAAUCCGUGACUUUGGAGAAGAAUUUCGUAGUGAGGCUGAAGAAUUUUACUCUGGUUUACGGAUCGAAACCGAUGAAUGCUUACGCGAACUUGAAGAGACGUGUCAAGAAUCGAUUGACCAAAUGGAGGAAAGAAGCCAACGAUGCCUUGAUUACAUUCGGGAUGAGGGGGUCACGGCUACGGAGGAAAAUAUUGCAAAGUUCAGGCUCUCUCUUAGACGUUAUCGUCACCGUCGCCUUCGGGCUACCCGACCUGGUGCCCCCAAGCACAAUCGGAUGCAACGUUACUCCAGGCGCCGCCGUUGCUGUUAG